AUGCAGCCCCGAUCGCAUAUAAGACGUCUGAAUUUAUUUGCAGCCGUUGUCGCUAUCUCCGGAUUCAUAGUGGCCUUGGUGGGAAUUGUGCUCGCGAUUCACUUGCCAAGCUCGUCGGCUCCCAAGGGGUUUGCUCGUCACGAGACUCUUCACUCUUGGACAUGCAAAUGGAAGAGCGUGCGAGGGACCCCUUCGAUCAACCCCAAUAACACCAUCGCUACGCCGCCGUCCCAUUUUGCCCGGGAUUGUGCAACGACUAGGGCCGCCUUUAUCAUGAUGGGACUGCUUGUUGGAUUGGAAAUCGCCAUGGGGAUUGCGGUAGGAGCUGGGAUAUGGUUUGAAAGGAAUGUGUCGAAACAGCGAGGCCAGGAUAUGCCUCAAGCAGAGAAGGUGGAAAUGGUGCCCAAGUAUCCGGGCACUUGA